ACGAGGACGACAUCAACCAACAUCACCACCGACAGCCCACGGCACGCGAGACAUUGUCGACUGCAAAUUGGAGAACCCGCAUCAUGGCUUCUCAGCGCAUAUUUCAGCUCGGCCUGCGACGGGCCGCAGGGCCUAGUUUGAGGGUGCAACCCGCGGGACGUGUGAUGCAGCGGAGACUCGCAGCAACUGGAAACACCUCCCAGUCUGAAUCCGCCCAGAUCCUCGCAAAACAGCGCCUCAACCGACCCGUCUCCCCCCACUUGGCCAUCUACAGGCCGCAAAUCACCUCGAUUGCCUCCGCGUUCAACCGCAUCACUGGCGUCGUUCUCUCCGGCUCUCUCUACCUCUUCGGUAUCGCCUACCUCGUCGCUCCCUACACUGGAUGGCACCUCGAGACGCAAUCCAUGGUUGCGACCGUCGCAGCUUGGCCUGCGGCUGUCAAGGCGGGAAUCAAGGCCUUUUAUGCGUUCCCCUUCUUCUUCCACAGCUUAAACGGAUUGAGGCAUUUGGCUUGGGAUGUCGGUGUUGGAUUCAAGAAUCAGCAGGUUAUCCGUACCGGGUGGAGUGUGGUUGGAUUGACGGUUGUGAUGAGCCUGUACUACACCUUUGCAGGAUAAGGGUGGAGGCUGAUUCGAACAACGGGGUUGGUGGAAGUAGAGCUGGAAGAUGAUUGUGAAAGGGUGGACUUGUCAGUCGAUAUGGGAAGGGAUUGGGAAGGGACACGAAAGUUGGAGCACAUCUAGGAAUGAUGGCGAGGGGUACGAUUAAAGUUUGCAACACGUAUAUGAACGAGUAUAUCCUAUUUACAGCGUCAUCGACCAAAUGCAUGAAACUUGGGUCCUUCUA